CAUGAUGUCCUGUUAAGUAUCAACAAUCUACGACAAGGUGUGAUCAAUGUCGACCCUUUAUCUAUUCUGGAAUGCCUUACAGACGUUGGGACAAAUAUCGGCUUGGUGGUUGAGAGAAAUGGAAAAGAAAUAUGGCUGUUUGCUUUUCAUCUAGACGAAGAAGGUAACCGGCCUGUCGUCCAACAAAUAUUUCAUCAUCGGUUCCAUAUUGUCGACAUAUUUCGUUUUCCGCUGGUCGGAGUCGUUCUUCCGCCUAAAUCUUCGUUCAAAGAGAUCCCAGUCUAUGCAUAUGACAACUCCAUAAAAGUUGAGCUCACACUCAAAGAGAGCGGUCGCUUCAUGGAAAUUGAUACCGGUAAAGCGACGUUCAUCGUAAAGAAGAACAUUUUAACUUUGAAUCGCUACAAGAAUAUUUAUAACGAUGAAGGGAAAGGCACCCCAGUCGUCAUCUCGACAUCGACCACGACAUUUGACAGCGAUGCGGACAGUGACGUCGACCCCGACAUCCAUUGUGACGACGGCAAGCCAAUGUGCAUUGAGGGUAACAGUGAUGGUCCCUUGGAGGUUUUGCCCGACUGCAUGACAAAACCGAACGCUAAGAUUCCGCAAAAUAACAAGUUCUUCUUCAUGGAUGUAGACUUGUCAGGAGGCACACCCAUCAAGGCCGCUAACACAGAAAAGAUUUGUACAUAACGUCUUUGCCAGACGGUCAAGACCCCAACUUGUGGAUUGGUAAUCUCGGGGAAACAAAAACAGAAUUUACAUCUUCGAUCGUCUAAACUGUCAUGACGUCACUUAAGGACGUCCAUAGGUUCAUUCUUUCCAACAAACGGCUGGAAUGGUAGCCUACUGCUUGGACUGUUCCUUCUAGGUCAAUUUUGCGAUGUGAUUCAAUCUAAUGCAUAUAUCUUGUGUGAAGUGCCUGGUUACAAAUAAUUCAAUAUUAGUAGUAAGAAUGUAAAUGGCAUAUACAACGUGUAGUUAGGACAAGCCAGGUUUGUCUUGAGAUGUUUAUCCUGAAGAAAAAAGCGUUAUUCAAAAAGAAAAGGAAAAAAAAUGGAAAAUGGAAGAAGAAAAAAGAAGAAAAUCAAAGAAAUCAAAGAGGAAACAAAACGAAAAAGAAAAAUGAAAGAAAAAGCAGCGCUUCCAGGUUUUUUUGCUCAACCUUUUCACUCUCUUUCUUCAUAACUCUUUUUCUUCAAAUUACCGUCAAGUCAUUGCGUUUUGUCUUUUCGGGUUUUAUCUACUUGCCAAAUUUAAAGAAUGUAUAAUGUCUAUGCAUGCCAUGUAUAAAGAACUUAUUCUACAUUUUUUUUAAUGUUUACAGGAGGCCGUCUAUCGGAACAUGUAAAUGGCUCAGUUUUCUUAGUAUCCCCCCCCCCUAUAUACAUCUUAUGACGCUUAAGAAUGAAAGAAUGAUCUUUAACUUGAUACAACAGGAAGGGAACCCAUAAGAGGCCCCUUCAACCUCAAGCUAAUCCAACGAAAAUUAUUUCAAAAUUGAGGGAGGAUAUUUGAAAUAUUCAGUUUCAGUGUUAGUCUCAGUUAUUAUUGUUUCAUAUUUGACAUACAUUUUACAUUUUGCAAUAAUUUCACCCAAAAAUGCUACUGAUUUUAAAACAUAAAUUAUAUUAACAGAAGUUUUAAAGAAAGGAAAUAUUAAACAAAAAUUAAAAAUGAGCCACUAUCUCGCACCUAUUUGUUUGAAUGCGUUAAAUCAAAAGAUUGAACUAAAGAAAAGUGACAUAUGUAUGGGCCUACGUUAAGAGCUAUAAUUGUAAGUUAUUGGCGUCAAAGGGAAAGUCAUUUUUUAUCAGUAUGUUUAAUAGAUUUUGUUGUACUAAUAAUCGAAGAUGUCGUUGGCGAAACUGUUCCUGAUAUUCCGUUUAUAAUAGUCUUAAAAAUAGAUGGAACGAGCAAUUUUAGGUUUACUGUCAUUACUACAAUAGUGAAACAAAAUUACUUGGCAAUCACUGCAAUAAAACUUACGGAGGCAGUGGCGUGAAUUUCGGACCACAUUCCCUAUAAUAUCCUUUGCAUUUUGAAGACCAUAUCAGAAACAAAUUGCAACUUUAUAACAAUAGACAGCUCUAUGAGCGUAGAAUGCAAAUAUCAAGGAAUACAAAUGUUUUCCAUCUCAUUAUUAAACAAAAGCAAAUUCAAAAACUCUUUUUACGCACUCUUUCAAAUAACGGGUCAACAGGGGUCGAAUUUGCCGCAGUUACGGUAAUGACAUAACGGUUUACCCCAGUUGCGGAUCCAGGGGGGGCGCCCCCUUGACUUCCUUUGACAAGGAUGGCGGCCUCAAAAAAAAAAAAAAAAAAGAGUGCCCAUGUGAGCCCCAAAAAGUAAAAACACUUUUUGUAUUAUAUCUUUUUAUGAAAGGAUUGUGACCAUAUGGUUUAUUCUAAAAAUAUUAAGUUGAUAUAUUCUCCAACCUUAUACAAAUCUAUCUUAAGGGUCACAGAAAUAGCAAUUACUUUAUUAAAUGAUUCGCUGUUGCUCUUUAAGUUGGAAUAUUCUUUUAUAAUUCAAACAUUUCUUACUUUUUACGCUUCACUCAGUAAUUAUUGAAUUUUGUUUAAUUGUAAAAUGUGUCUUCACUACUAGGUGUAAUGGAUAGUUGUAUAAUAAUGCAUUUCGUGAGCCUUUUUUGUUUGUUGAAGGUAUAAGAGGCAUCGCACUUCGAUAUUUUGUCAAUUUCACUUUCAAAAGGCGUAUGUGCAUCUAGUUAGCUGUAUCAUUUUGAACCAAAUUUGGCUAUACGCCGCAGAGUGAUUACGCUCCACCAGGAAGGACACAAACUACUACUGUGGUACGGUAUAUCACUGAAACAGCACCCGUAGGACUUUUUUGCCAAUAUUGAUUGAUUGAUUGAUUUUUUUUAAUUUUUUUAUACAUUGGGGUCUAGGCUAUCAGAAAUUGAUUGAGUUCAAAUUUUUCCAAAGACACCACAUUUCCCUAUUGCGCUUUUUAUAAGCCAUUUUGGCGCCCAAUAUGGACCCCCCAGGAAAUGAAGGAGGGGUCUGUAAAUUUGAACCCCAUCAUUUUGGCCAAUUGGGACCCUUUCGGAGCCAAAACAGCAAAAAAAAAAAAUCAACUUUGGCAAAAAAAUCCAACGGGAUUACAUACCACACCGCACUUUAGUCGAUAUCGCUGGUUUCCUUGGGAUAUCACAGAGCACGGUCUCUGCAAUCCUCAAACUUCAUUGGGAGGAGGGUAAUACCGGCUACGGCAAUCUCCAGGACGACCACGAUUGACCAGCGCACGGGAUGAUCGCCGGUUGCUUAAUCCGUGCCGUCAUAACAGGAAGAUCCUAACAAGUCCAUGUGUCCCGCCCAACUGUCAGUCGGAAACUGCUUCAACAUGGUUAUCGGGCAAGACGAAUGACCAAGCGUCCACGCAUGACCGUUAGACACAGAGUUGCUCGACUUCAAGAGACUAGGGAGCACAGAAGACUACAGCUAGGACACUGGUGACAUGUCAUCUUCAUGGAUGAGAGCCGCUACGUCCUUGAGCGUACAGAUGGAAGGCAACGGGAGCGUCGAAUACCUUUAUAACACCAGAGAGAGAUGACGCGUUCGGGAAACGACUCAAGAAGGUGGUUGGUCCGUGGUUGUAUGGGCCGGAAUCCGUUAUGGUGAAAACACGCAACUGGUAGUUUCGGAUGGAAACGUCAACGCCAUCGUGCACCGGGUCAUCCUGGAGAACCACUGCCUUCCACACACAAGAAUGGUCUAUGGAAACAAUUUCCGGCUGCAGGAUAAACACGCUAGGCCACAAAGAGCAUCUACAGUGAGAUAAUACCCUGACGCAGAGAGGGUGCAGCAGUUGCCAUGGCCUGCCUACUCCCUGAUAUGAACCCUAUCGAGCAUGCGUGGGACACUCUAGGCCGAGCCAUCAAUGACAGGGACAAUUUUCCUCAAACUCUACAUGGGUUAUUUCAGGCUCUGAUCAACGAGUGGGACGCUCUGGCCAUUGACUCCAUCAACAAGCUCGUUGACAGCAUGCCGCGACGUCUCAACGCACUGAUCCAUACCAGGGAUGGUCAUACCCGAUAUUAGUGACUGAUUGACAUUUGAAAGAGAAAAACAAAACACAAUUCAUGCAUGAAAUUCAUCUAAAUAUUUGUUAUAUCUUAUGCCGACCAAUUUAAACAUUGUAGCCUAAUCCUUCGUUUCGCUGUUUUCAUACCCCUUUUUGGUUGUUGCCUUGAUACACCCUUUGCAAAGUUUAAUUGUAGUUAAAUUUCAAUGAAAUAUGACCUGAAGGAAUCGAUCAAUAAAACGUUAUGGUUGUAUUCAUCAUAGAUAUGACUAAAACAGCGUGAUGUCUUAUUGAUUGUACGUUAAGUUGUAACAAAAAUAUUACAACUUUAUGGGCGACAGUGUACUUAUAUACAAAGUUGUUUCAACUGUAUUUAAGCCUGUUCGUGUUGUCAUUAUUCUAAGCUACAUAUUGAAACGAUGUUAUAGAUGCGUUGACAUAUUAUCGAAUCAGUUUGCUAUGUUUAUUGUUGCAAAAAAUCUCAAUAAAUCCACAUACAAACACAAAUUUGUCCCAGUGAUUAGUGAUUGCAUGGCUUAUCCGAGAAAGGUAUACUUUUUCACUGUUAACAAUGCUCUCUGAAAAGAAGAAAAAGGGUUAAAACCUAGCUUUGAUAGUCUAGAUCACAAUCAUUAACGAUUAUGAUGGUAUUGAAUUUAUAGUAACAGGGUUCGUUUUUUUCAAGAGUUAUUA